AUGUCAUCCGACUCUACAUUGGCGGACACGAAGGGAACGUCUCCUUUGGGUCUGUUCCCUGAGCAGAAGGGCGUCUAUGGCAGCGAUGGCCACAUCCAAAUUCCAUCCACGCCAGAGCUAGAAAGCAAGGAAGAGUCGACGGCCCAUCGUGUACUCCCAGAUGAUGAAGCCACGGACGAUCCCAACGAAUAUCCCCAGGGCAUCACCCUCACCAUGAUCAUGGUGGCGUUGGUCAUCAGUUUGUUCCUCGUUUCGCUUGACCAGACCAUCGUGGCCACCGCAAUUCCCAAAAUCACUGAUACCUUCCAUAGUCUGGACGACGUGGCAUGGUAUGGCUCGGCCUUCUUCAUGACACUGGGAGGAUUCCAGUCGACAUGGGGGAAGACGUAUAAGUACUUUCCCCUGAAGACGACCUUUCUGCUCUCCGUUUUUGUCUUCGAGUUAGGCAGCCUGGUCUGCGGCGUUGCUCCCAACUCGACCGCCCUUAUCGUCGGCCGUGCGAUUGCUGGCCUCGGCGCUGCGGGUAUCGGCUCUGGUACGUAUAUCAUCAUCGGAUUUGCUGCUGAACCGGCCAGACGGCCCAUGUUCACGGGCAUCAUUGGGGCCAGCUAUGGCAUCGCGUCCGUGGUAGGUCCCCUCGUUGGCGGCGCCUUUACCCAGAAGGUUUCAUGGCGAUGGUGUUUCUACAUCAACCUGCCUAUCGGAGGCGUCACCGCAUUCAUUAUCCUGUUCUUCUUCCACACCCCGAAGAGCGCAAAACCGGUUCCUGCUCCGAUCAAGGAGAGAAUCCUGCAGAUGGAUCCCGUCGGAACAGCCAUGGUUAUGGGCGCGGUGAUCUGCUACCAGCUAGCAUUGCAGUACGGUGGACAAUCACGGUCGUGGUCUUCCAGCGAGGUAGUGGGUAUGCUGGUUGGUUUUGGGGUCAUCACAAUCGCUUUCGCCGCGUGGGAGAGGUGGCAGGGCGAGCGAGCCAUGAUGGUGCUGCGAUUGAUGCGUCGGCGCUCCGUGUGGGUGAACAGUGUUUUUGCCUUCUUCACGGCAGGUUCCUACUACGUCGGCAUAUACUAUCUUCCCAUUUACUUCCAGAGCAUUGAUAAUACAAGCCCCACGGGUUCGGGCGUCCGCAAUCUGCCGCUUAUCCUGGCCGUCAGCGUGUGCACCAUCGCCUCUGGCACCGGCAUUUCCAUCACUCGUAUUGCGACUCCGGUCAUGCCCCCAUCGAUUGCGAUUGCUACAGUUGGGGCCGGGCUCCUCUAUACACUCGAUAUUGGCAGCGCCGCUGGCAAGUGGAUCGGCUACCAGAUCCUCGGUGGCAUUGGUUGGGGCACUUGCUUUCAGAUCCCUAUGAUCGUGGCCCAAAGCUACUCGAGUCCGCAGGACCUGGCAUCUGUGACUGCAAUCAUCUUAUUCUACCAGACGCUCGGCGGCGCCUUCUUCGUCUCAGCGGCUCAGUCGGCCUUUGUGAACACGAUGAUUGCGAAGUUGCCCAACACGGCGCCGGGCGUGGAUGCAGCGACUGUGGUGGCCACGGGCGCAACGGAGCUGCGUACCAUCUUUGCCGCCUCCCAAGUGCCGGGGAUUCUGGUGGCCUAUAUGGCCGGGAUCAAGGUGGCAUUUGCAAUUGCCAUUGGGGGGGCUGGGAUCGCUUUCGUGGCCAGUUUGUUCAGUAACUGGCGGCGUCUGGGGUCUGAAGCGCUGAAGAACGCGGGGGGAACAGCAUGA